AGACGAAACUCGCGUACAGACCCGCAGCCUCAGUUAAAUAGGAGACGCUGUGACGGGCUGCACCGCGCGUCCGCACACUUUCAGCUGGAACUCAACGGAACGACGCAGUAGACUAGAGACCCCUCGUGUGACGCUGGACAUAUGUGAGGUCUUUUCCUGGACUUUAACGGAAUUCCGUGAGCGACAGUUGUUUAUGCAGCUCGAGGCUCGCGUGUGGAUGUCUGAAGACAUGUGGCGCGUUGCCUGCUAAAUAUUUUGGGACGACCUGUGAGCGAGAAGACUAUGCAGCGGUUAAUGGGACACGAAGUGUCAGAUGCCGCGUUGAAACUCUCUUGCAUUGAACUUUAAUCUCUCCGAAUAGUAACCUGUCGCGCGCUAUCAGCAGAGGCUUGUCCGCAUGGAAAGUGUCCUUACUGAACAGCCUCUGCUUCUUGAGAAUAAGGGAAUGUUUAUUCAGUGCUGAGCCGGGAUGGAUGUGCUGUUGUAAACGCAUCCGAUCAUCAGAAAGAUGCAGCAUCUCCGUGUGGCGUGGGCGCUUGCGGGAGCGGCGGUGGGCUUUUUUCUGCUCUUCUUGAUUCAAGCGCAUUUGUUCGGCGAAGGUCAGCUGGUGGCAGGUACAUGUGAAAUCGUGACUCUGGACAGGGACAGCAGUCAGCCAAGGAGGACCAUCGCCCGGCAGACGGCCAGGUGUGCCUGCAGGAAGGGCCAGAUUGCCGGCACUACCAGAGCCAGUCCAGCAUGUGUGGAUGCGCACAUUGUCAGGACCAGACAGUGGUGUGAGAUGAUGCCUUGUUUGGAUGACGAAGGCUGUGACCUAUUGGUAAACAGAACGGGCUGGACGUGUGCACAGCCGGGAGGCCGAGUGAAAACAACCACAGUAUCCUGACGCCAGUGGGGAAUGAUUUUCCCAAGAGAGGCACGACGUACGGAAGCACCUCGUCAUUCUCCAAAGCUACAGCGGGGCGGGGGAGGGGAGCAUUCAUCAUAGUCCUGUUAGCCCUGUCUGUCAGUCUCUCCAUUAGUCCUUCAGUCUCAUAAGAUAAGGGGUGAAGACCUCUCGUCAUGGAGUUUAUGUGGACCAUGAGGAACGGAUCCCCCCGUGCUGUCAAUCAAAGUUGGAACCGACCAGCGUUUUGUUUGCUGACGCCAAAACUGGCAAAUGAUUGGUUGCAGGUGGAUCGUGAACCGUGUACGGAGCUAUCGAAAAUUUACAGACCAAAGAAACACGGGCAUAUUUCUGUGGAAGGUUUCUAAUAUGAACACGAAUACACGCAUCAGCUGCUUCAGCUUCGACAAACGCAAGCAAAAACACACAUACCUGAGCUUUGUAAGGAGUUUUUCCCACCGAGCACAUGCAAAAUGAACAACAAAGACGUUUGCAACAAAACGAUUGACUUUUCUUCGAUUGUAAAUCUGCUGCCGUUGUUGUAAAUUGGACUGAAAUCAGUCAGGAUUUGGAAACGUAGCGAACAUGGCAGGGGAUUUGUCAGACUGAACAUUAUCUACCUGACCUGAAGAGACUAGCGGAGACUCGCGCUUCGGGAGAGACCAUCCUAUGUAUUUUCAGAGUCAUAAAGUUAUAUAUAUAUUUAACAGUUUUAUAUGAUGUACCUUUGUAGCGAACCUUAUUUAACACUGACAAUGUGAUCCUAUUCAUAAAGGGUGAAUUGAAAACAGUCAUGUCCUGGAAAGUUAUUUGCGCAUUGCUUUCUUCGUCAAUGAACGUAGGAAGGAAAAUAGUGUACUUGUGUAUUUGUGAGUGAACUUUUGUUUUGUAACAACAUCCGACAAUAUCCACACACGAAAAAAAGCAACUGUAACCCACCUUGACAAGGUUAUAUACAGUACGUCAGUAUACGGCUAUGGGUCAAAAUGUGUUUUACCGCAGCGAUUGUACACUGGCAAAUUCAUCUUAUAAAAA